CACUUCAAAUGAAUUGCUUCGUUUCAAAGUCUAAAGUCUGUAUUAUCAAUUAUUUUAUUUAUUAAUUUGGCAAAACUCUCAUCGAUCUCGUUCUUUUGUUCCCUCACACGCGAACAGUAGAAAUCCUCGCUCAAAGUCGCAGGGAGUCUUUCACCGGCUGAAAAGCGCAAGAAAAAUGGCGGAAGAAAAGGAAUCGACUUCCAUUCCUCUCAGUCAAGCUGAGAAUGGCGGUGAGGAUCCUCCCAAGUCUCCCCCUAGCUCCCCUAACUCCUCCACUCGCAAGGCUUGCUGUUUUGUUCUUCAGAGUUGGGUCUCAAAGAAGUUUAUGACUGGAUGUGUAGUUCUUUUCCCAGUUGCAGUUACAUUUUUCAUUACUUGGUGGUUUAUUCAAUUUGUUGAUGGUUUCUUCAGUCCACUAUAUGCCCAGCUUGGCAUUGACAUAUUCGGACUCGGGUUUAUUACAUCUUUACUUUUUGUAUUCUUUGUUGGUGUUUUUGUUUCGUCCUGGAUUGGUGGCACUCUUUUCUCACUUGGAGAGUGGUUCAUUAAGCGAAUGCCUUUCAUUAGACAUAUAUACUCAACCUCCAAACAAAUUAGUGCUGCAAUUUCUCCAGACCAAAAUACGACAGCUUUUAAGGAGGUAGCAAUUAUCCGUCACCCACGUGUUGGGGAAUAUGCCUUUGGUUUUAUCACAUCAAGUGUCACCCUUCAGAGAGAUAAUGAAGACGAAGAGUUAUGUAGUGUUUUUGUUCCAACAAACCAUCUAUACAUUGGUGAUAUUUUUCUAGUCAACACCAAAGAGAUCUUAAGACCAAAUCUUUCUAUCCGAGAAGGCAUAGAGAUCAUUGUUUCUGGGGGUAUGACAAUGCCGCAAACAAUUUCGCCUUUGGAAAGGGUUGCUCGACCUAAUGAGAGAAUCCCUCUGAGCAGAAUGGCCUAAUGGGAUCGAAGAAGAGGCAUGCCUGGUAACAUUGUAAUUACUUUCACAUCCCGAAACUAUUUGUGAGCAUAAAAAAGUAUUGCUUGAUGACAGGAAUGAUGACAUUACCCGGGUUAUAUAGCAGCAGGCUUCAGGAUAAAUCCUUUAUCAAGCACGCUUUGUUUUGUAUUUCUUUUAGGUCAGAGUUUAUAUGUUGUAGCAAAAAGUCAUAUUAGGUGUCUGGAGGGAAUGUGUAUGUCUGUACCAUGAUCAUAUUGUCUGUUCUAUUAUGUCUUUGGUCCCCAAGAGAGUGGAAAACCCGACAACGUAUAACUUGUUGCAUUUUACAUUUUUUAAGUAAUAGUGAUGUGUUUCCAACUCCUUAGAACUUAA